GUGUACCUAUAUAUAUGCAGUUUAAUCGGUUUACUUAUUAUUAAUAACAUACCUAAUACGAUAUAAUCCAACUGCAGUAACAUGAAGCAUAUAAUAUUAUUUACUUUUUUAAUUUUGGCGGUUGCAAAGAUUCAUUGCCAAGAUGGAUUAAGAGAUAAUACAGAUCAGUGCGGCCCAAAUGCAAGAUUUGUACUAUGCACAGGCUGUUGUGAGGAAGAAACCUGCGAACAUAGAAAUCCAUCAUCAUGUAACAAUUGUCCUGCUGUCUGUAGGGGUCCAGGAUGUGAAUGUUUACCAGGAUACAUCAGAAAAACAAAAGGCGGACCUUGCGUGAAAUCUUGCUAAAAGUUUAAUGUAACUUUACUAAAAUUACAAUAAAGAUGCACUAGAAAUAAACAAUCCAAGACACAUUGAAUGUUACGAGGAGCAAUCCCGAAUUAUGAUUUGAAAUGUAUAAACUUUGUAAAUCAUGAUUUGGGAAUUACAAUGUAUAUAAGUCACAGUUCAAGUUGAUUCUCAGUUAUAGUUGACUAUUCCUAGUUCAAGUCAACUCAAUCUAAAACGAUCAGUAAGUCUUGAUUUGAAAAACUGAAUUCAACUUUUACGAGUUGAAGUGGACUCUUCCUAACCUUUGUUAGUUAAAGUAGAUCGCGGGAAAAAUAGAAUCAACUCUUACUAGUUUGAGUUGACUAUUCCUGGAUCGAUUCAGUAAAUGUAUUUUAUAUAUGUAUACUAAGGAGUUCCACAGUUUUCACUGUAUUCCUUCACUCAACCGUUCUCUCCAGCUCUUUCUGUCUUGCCAGUCCCCUUCCUGUAGAUUUCUUCUCUCCAUUGCUUCAUCUACUUCAUCUCUGAAGGAUCUUCGAGGUCUGCCUCUCUUCCUUUUUCCUAUCGGACUCAACUCUGUUAUUCGGUUUAUCCACCGAUUUUGGUCUGCUCUUCUGACAUGUCCGUACCAGGUUAAUCUCUUCUGUUCGAUGUAGUCUAUUAUGUCUGAGUUCACUCCCAUUCUUCUCUUAAUCUCUAUGUUAUUUAUUCUAUCUCUCCUUGUUACUCUGCAGCUUCUUCUUAGGAAUUCCAUCUCUGUCGCUCCUAUUUUAUUUUUGGUUUUCUUAUUUAUUGUAUUUGUUUUCUUAUUAAAUAUAUUUUAUACGAGUAUAAUCUCACGUGCUUUUUUGAUGAGUGUGCGUCUCUUUGUUUUGACCGUUUCAACUACUUAUCACGAUUUGAACAUAUCCAGGAACAUUUAAUUUCUAGAAUCGGUUGUUUGUGUGAACCAACUCUUACUAAAUGUCAUUGGGAAGAGUAUACUUUAUCUAGUUGAAGUCUACUUUUAUUAGUAAAUGUUGAAUAAAAGUCUUUAUUUUAUAUUAUUAUGAUCAACUUUUACUAAAAUCAGCCAUUUCAGUUGACUCUAAUUAGGAAAAGUCAUCUCCAACUGGAUAAUCAACUUAAACUGUAACAUAUUAUACAUUGUAAAUCAUAAUUUCAAAGUGCUCCUUGUAACAUUCAACGUGUCUUGGUUUGUCUAUUUCUAGUGCAUCUUUAUUGUGACUUUAGUAGAUAUUUAUAGUAAUUAUAUAUGAACGAAAA